CUGGAGUCAUAUGACCUACACAAUGGUCGGGAGUUCACCGGAGGCGUCCCGGCAACGCCGAGUGGAAGCUAUGACGGCUGCCGCGGGUUCGGCAGGCCGCACCGUAGUGUCCCUGCUGCUGUGUGCGCUGCUGGCGUCCGGCGGUGCCUACGUGCUCGACGACUCCGACGGGCUGGGCCGGGAGUUCGACGGCAUCGGCGCGGUCAGCGGCGGCGGGGCCACUUCCCGCCUUCUGGUAAAUUACCCAGAGCCCUAUCGUUCUGAAAUAUUGGAUUAUCUCUUUAAGCCAAACUUUGGUGCCUCUUUGCAUAUUCUAAAAGUUGAAAUAGGUGGUGACGGGCAAACAACAGAUGGCACUGAACCUUCCCACAUGCACUAUGCACUAGAUGAGAAUUAUUUUCGAGGAUAUGAGUGGUGGUUAAUGAAGGAAGCUAAAAAGAGGAACCCUGAUAUUAUUCUUAUAGGGUUGCCAUGGUCAUUCCCUGGAUGGCUGGGAAAAGGUUACAGUUGGCCUUACGUAAAUAUUCAGCUGACUGCCUACUAUGUUGUGAGCUGGAUUUUGGGCGCCAAGCAUUAUCAUGAUUUGGACAUAGAUUACAUUGGAAUUUGGAAUGAAAGAACAUUUGAUACUAGUUACAUAAAGGUAUUAAGGAGGAUGCUGGACUCUCAAGGUCUCCAGCAAGUGAAUAUCAUAGCAAGUGAUAAUCUGUGGGAGCCUAUUUCAUCAUUUAUUCUGCGAGACCCUGAACUCUUCAGAGUGAUUGAUGUGAUUGGGGCUCAUUAUCCUGGCACGCAUGUAUCCCAGCAUGCAAAGCUGACUAAGAAGAAACUUUGGUCUUCUGAAGAUUUUAGCACUUUAAAUAAUGACGUGGGUGCAGGCUGUUGGGGCCGCAUAUUAAAUCAGAAUUAUGUCAAUGGCAAUAUGACUUCUACCAUCGCUUGGAACUUGGUGGCUAGUUAUUACCAAGAGUUGCCUUACGGACGAUGUGGAUUGAUGACUGCCCAAGAGCCGUGGAGUGGGCACUAUGUCAUAGAAUCUCCUAUCUGGGUAUCAGCUCAUACCACUCAGUUUACUCAGCCAGGUUGGUAUUACCUGAAGACAGUCGGCCAUUUAAAGCAAGGUGGAAGCUACGUAGCUCUGACUGAUGGCUUAGGUAACCUCACUAUCAUCGUUGAAACUAUGAGUCGCAGACAUUCUAAGUGUAUUCGGCCGUAUCUCCCUUUUUACAAUGUGUCAGCACAAUCAGCUACCUUUGUUCUUAAGGGAUCUUUUAGUGAAAUACCAGAGCUACGGAUGUGGUAUACCAAAUUCGGAAAACCAUCUGAGAGAGUUCUUUUUAAACAACGGGAUUCUCUAUGGCUCCUGGGCGGCAACGGCACCUUCACCCUGGAACUGAAGGAGGACGAGCUGUUCACGCUCACCACGCUCACCACGGGUCGCAAAGGAAGCCACCCACCGCCUCCCAAAUCCCAGCGGUUCCCGAGCGUCUACAAGGACAAUUUCAACGUUGAUUUCCCGUUUUUUAGUGAAGCGCCAAAUUUUGCUGACCAGACGGGUGUGUUCGAGUAUUACAUAAACCCUGAGGACCCCGGAGAGCACCGCUUCACCCUGCGCCAGGUUCUCAACCAGCGCCCUAUUACAUGGGCUGCAGAUGCUUCCAGCACGAUCAGCAUCAUCGGAGACUACCAUUGGACCAAUCUGACUAUAAGCUGUGAUGUUUACAUAGAGACGCCUAAGAAGGGAGGCGUAUUCAUUGCAGGAAGAGUAAAUAAAGGUGGCCUUUUGGUUAGAAUUUCUCAAGGAGUUUUCUUCUGGAUUUUUGCAAAUGGAAUGUACAGAGUUACAGGUGAUCUAGCUGGAUGGCUCAUAUAUUCUUCAGGAUAUGUUGAAGUGACUGCAAAAAAAUGGUACACACUUACAUUAACCAUAAAGGGUAAUUUAUCCUCUGGCAAGUUGAAUGGCAAGGUUCUGUGGGAAAAUAUCCAUGUGAAAUACCCGAAGAAUGGCUGGGCUGCGAUUGGAACUCAUUCAUUCGAAUUUGCACAGUUUGACAACUUUCAUGUGGAAGUUACAAACUGACACGGAGUCUGACAGAACACUCUUGAUUUUCUUCCUUUUGGAUUUGGUUUGGAACCAAUUCUUCUGUUGACAGAUUGCUGGAUGGGCCUUCGCAGGCUAAAAACAAGGAAGAGUAUGUGGGAAGAAAGAUAUAUUUUUACUUGAUCCUGAGAAAGGUUUUAUUAGAAAUGAUUCCAAAGGAAUGUGAAUUGUUAACAUUAUCUAGUGUGUCUCUUAAAAUUCAGCCUCUUCACUGGUCCUUGUUCAGCAGUGAUUGAGAUCUUGAAGCCACCUUGUGAAUACUGAGGUAGAUCUCUUCAUCUUAUUUGCAAAAUGAUUAUGCAGGUGGCCAUGACUGACCUCACUAAGAUGUAUUUUUGAGAGUUCUCCAUGUGUGCAAGUGGAUUCAUGUCCUUGCUAUCGGAUGAUGCUGCCACAGAAGAAGCUGAAGAGCAUGAAGUGCUGCUUUUUGAAAACCACUUCAACAUGCUAUUCUUACACUCUAACAAGUGUCUUUUUUAAAAAAUUCUAAAAUGAUGGUUUUGAACAAUAAACAGGAUGAUUGGAUAAAUGCCUCUUUAUUAAACUACCUCUAACAUUAUUUCUGCAAUAAUAAAUUGUAGCAAAUUAAUUGGAUUGUGUGCAUCCUUUACUUUUUUGAUUCCAGUUUAGUUUUUGAUUCCACUUUAGUUUUGUAACACUUGUAACUCUGAAUAUUUUCCCAGGUUGCUAAAGAGUGAAAAAAUGUCAGUGUAGCCAGUGCUGUGAGUCUGGAGAUGAAGCUGUAGCAGGUUUUCGGGGUGUGAUUUCAGAUGUUUGUGGUCUGUCCUCCCACUACAACAGAUUAAACUGCUAAUGAAUGCUUUCAUCUCUUUAGGUCUGGGAGGAGCAGUUAGCUUUUACCAGCUCGCAGAAUUAGAUCAUCUCCUAAUGUUUUGUAUGGUUAAGAUGCAUUUUUUUUUUACAGCUCCAAUGUAUUUACAUAUGAGCAUGUUUCUCAUUAGUAUUAUUAAUAUCAGAGCAUUAUAGCUUUUAGGAGCAAAUCAGUUAUUCAUAUGAUUAUAGAAUUCUUUAAAAAUAAAUAAUUACUAAGGGAAUUAGUUUUUGUACUUAGAAAUUUGUAAUGGUAUGACGUAGGUGAAGCUGUACUGAACUUGUUCAUUACAUUUAAAGAUAAGAAAUUAAUUACUAGAAUAAAUCAGAUUUACAGAAAUUUUUUACAAAGUCCAAAUGAGUUUUGAGUCACAUCUCCAUUUUUUUUAAAUAACGUGUAUUAAUUAUUUAUAAUAGAAUGUUCUCACUCUAAGUGUGCAAUUCAGUGAGUUUUGUUAAGUGGAUGUGCCCACAUAGCCUACGUUCUAGUCAAGUAUUGAAUAUUUCUAUCCCUCCAGAAAGUUUAUUUGUAUAAUUGUGUAACCAAUUUUUCUUAUUCCCAAUCUCAGACAACUAUUGAUACGAUUCCUGUCACUGUUAAUUUUCUUUUUUCCAAGCAUAAAAAUGGGAUGACUUGCAGCAUAUGUGAACUUUUACUCAAUGUGAUACUCUUGAGAUUCGUCAUGUUGUGGCCAGAACUGUACUAACUUUUGAUUAAUGCCAUAUAAAUUGGCCUAGCUAGCAGUGGCUUGCUUGGUUAUUUUGGAAGCAUAUUCCAUUGUAUAGAUUUAUGGCAGUUUGAUUUCUCUCAGGUGGUCUGCAGAGAAAAUUUCAGAUGCCUUAGCUUCUGGGAACUUAGGUUGUAUCUCCCUUAUUUAUAUUGUUUCCCCUUCUUAUAUGAGAAUCUAAUAAAUGUGUUCAGAAUCUGGGAAUAA